GCCCUGUUUUGUUUUGCCUCGCCAUUCCAUCCAUUGCGUGCUCCAUCCUCCACUCCCUCCCUGUAUAAAUAAAUAGGGACUCGCGGGACAGCAGCCGUGGUGACAGAGCCCGUAGCGCGAGCUGUCUGUCAGUAGCGCAAUCUCUCUCAGGUGGGUCGGAGCCAGGGGGGAGAAAGAAGAUGGACGCGGAGCAGGAGCCGCGGUGGGCGGCGGCGCAGGCGAUCGGCGUCGGCGAGGACCUCGUCCCGGCCGCGCUGCGGCACCUGGAGUUCCUCGCCGCGGUCGACCGCCGCCGGUGGCUCUACGAGGGCCCGCUGCUCCACAGGGCCAUACGCAGGUACAAAGCUUGCUGGCUUCCCCUUCUUGCCAAGCACAAUGAGGCCGCUGUUGCAGAUGAGCCUUUGGUUGUUCCCCUUGAUUGUGAAUGGAUAUGGCACUGUCAUCGGCUUAACCCGACUCGAUACAUAAAGGACUGCAAGAGAUUAUAUGGCAGGAUGCUGGACUCUAAGAAUGUCAGGUCCUCCAUUCAUGCAAAGUCCAAGGAUCAGUCUGAGAAAGUUUGGACUGAGUUAUAUCCUGGGGAGCCUUUUGAGUUGGAGUACACAAGCCCUUCUGACGAUUCUGUUUACGUGGAUGAUGGAACUGCAGGGGGCAUUUCCUAUGAUUUGAUCUCAGCUGUUAAGAGACAGUCUACUUUCGUCUACCAGGUUGGAACACCAAACAUGCAUGAUCGCCGUUUUCUUGAAGACGCUUUAGCUCGGUACAAAGGCUUUUUGUAUCUGAUCAAGAUGAAUCAGGAGAAAGGAAUGAACCUCUUUCGUGUGCCAACCUACGAUGUGGAUCUAAUGUGGCACACCCACCAACUGAAUUCUGUUGCCUACUGCAAUGACAUGCUGUGUCUCCUUGGGAAAGUUCUGGAGCAUGAUGACACAGAUGAUGAUCGAGCCGAAGGGAAGAAGCUCGACACCGGAUUUUCAGGGACCACCGAGCAGUUUGAGAAUAGCUUUGGUGUGAGAUACUGGAAGGCUGGCGCUAUGUACCGUGGAAGCUUGCCAUCUCCUGUGACAUCCAUUCCACAGAUAUUCAGUACUAGUGAGGAUGAUAGUGUUUCCGGUGCCGAUAAAGCAGAGAAGCAUCUUACUAUUCUUGAAACAACAGUUGUGGAGUUACAUUUACAGAUUGUGGACAUCAAGAAUUUACCGUCUUCAAUUCCAGAGAAAAGCGUGUAUGUAUGGUUCACCAAGACUAAACCAGAUGCAUUCAUCCGUGAUGGCGGCAGGUUGGAUAUUUCUACGAAAACAGGGAAGAGCAUCGGAGCUGGUUUCCAAUGUGAACCGACUGGCGAUCUCAUUCUUACAGUAAUGAUUGAUCAGGCCUAUUUUGGGGCAUCAUCAUCACCGAAGAAACCAGAACCGUUGGGGAAGGUUUCGAUCUCUGUUGAAGAGCUUACGCAGCAUGAUUCCAAGCUUUCCUUUGAGAGGUGGUUUGAACUGAAAACUUGUGGUGCGUAUGCCGGUUCCCCUCCUGUCAGUCUUCGUGUUGCUGCAUCUUGUACCGUCCCAAGGCAGGCUCCACACGUUCUUGGCAUGGUCAAUGUGAAGCCUUGCUCUCUGAAGGCCUGUAUAUUGCCACAUUCCAUCAAGGAUCAAAAUAUGAGCUCCUGGACUCGCUUCGUGUAUGAUUGUGGUACUGAACUCAUUCGUCUUCAGAUAAGGGAGCACAAGGCCAAGAGUGGCAUGGCUCUCACUCGGGAAUUGGUCGGAGUAACAAAGUCAUCAAAGCAGCCACUUCAGCUUGCAGAAUUCACAGAAAACAAAUGGUCUUUUAACAACUCCAACUCAUCCAUCACUCUUGACCUGAAACCAAGCAAGGAUGGCUGCAUAAACGAGCUCAAAUACGACAACAAACUGAUCAAACUAUACAAGGGAAGGAGACUAGCAUAUGAACUCAAAUGCUGCAGUCAGCAUACUGAUGAUACUGCAGCAGUUACUGCUGUGAAGUUCUCAGCUGAACACCCCUAUGGCAAAGCAGUCGCGCUAGUUGACACUGAAUCGGAAUUUAUCUCGGUGGAUGAGGAUUGGUUCCUGCUUCCCUGGAUCGCGAUAUCAUUCUUGUUCCUGAAUUCCAUUGGCAAAGAUGGUGCGAAGCUCAUCGAAGGUGCCAUGGCACAGAAGGCUGAAACCGUUGAGCCUGAUACUACAGUGGUUUCUCAGACGGUGAAAGGUGGAGCAGCAGGUGCCACUGCUGGUUCGGCGCAAUGUGGCGCUUGUGGCACGGCUGGUUGCGGUGACAUGGUCAUGGCAAGUGACAAGGCUGGUCAUGCUAGCUAUGGCAGCUCAGUCACUGCAAGUGACAAGGUGGCUGAUUCUAAGUGCGGUGGUUGUGGAUCAGGUUGUGGUGGUGGAUGCGGUGUCUCUGUGGUCACCAUGAGCUACAAGAAUGGUCAUGCGAGCUGUGGCAUCGUUGCAGGCGGCGAGAAUGGCCAUGUUGAGUCUGCUGGGUGUGGAUCAGGAUGCGGUGGUUCCUGUGGUGGCAACAUGGUUAUUGAAAGCUCCAAAGAGGGGAACACCGAGUCAGGUGGCUGUGGUUCAGGUUGUGGUGGAGGAGGCUGUGGCAGCAUGGCCAUUGAAGGCUCCAAGGCUGGCAUUGCCAAGUCUAGCGGCUGCGGUUCAGGUUGUGGUGGCGGUUGCAGCGGUAUGGUGGUUGAAGGCUCCAAAAAUGGCCAUGCCAAGUCAGGCGGCUGUGGCUCGGGCUGUGGUGGUGGUUGCGGCGGCAUGCUGAUCGAACACUCCAAAACUAGCUGCACCAAGUCUAGCGGCUGUGGCUCAGGCUGCGGCGGUGGUUGUGGCAGCAUGGUCAUGGAAGGCGCCAAGACCGGCUUCGCCAAGUCUGGCGGUUGCGGUUCGGGUUGUGGCGGUGGUUGCGGUGGCAUGGUCAUGGAAGGCUCCAAGAUGCGCCAUGCCAAGUUAGGGGGCUGCGGUUCAGGUUGUGGCGCCGGCUGCGGCGGCGGUUGUGGGGGCAUGGUCAUGGAAGGCUCCAAGAUGAGUCAUGCCAAGUCAGGGGGCUGCGGUUCAGGUUGUGGCGCCGGCUGCGGCGGCGGUUGUGGCGGCAUGGUCAUGGAAGGCUCCAAGAUGAGCCAUGCCAAGUCAGGGGGCUGCGGUUCAGGCUGCGGCGGCAUGCUGAACACAGCCUCGUAAGCAUGCCCAUGCUUGAGGUGGUCGGCGUGCGGGCGGUGACUGCCGGUGAUGGCAUGCCGCACGCUCUAGUCGGAGAUGAAGUCGAAUAAAAACUACACUCUGUCCUGUGCAGUUUGCAAUGCCUCUACUCGUGGUUCACAAUGCGUUGUGGUGAAUAUAUUAUGUUGUACUUGUGGCAUGUACGAUAUUAAACUAUGUGAUUUGUGAUUAUUGGACAGGGAAAGAUUAGAGAAAAAAA